AUGCGAGCUCUCGUGUUCCAAUGGAAUCCAGCAGGAUUUAACGAUGUUGCCGCGGCACCAGGAUUACGAAACGGUGUUGCGGGUCAAAACUUGGCUGCAAUUAUCACAAAUCUUACGGAAAAUGGAGCAACAAAUUAUGGCAACAUUGUAUUUACAUUUAGAAAUGGUUAUGCUAUUGGCGAUUGGAUCAGACAAAUGCGUGUUAAUAUACCAUGGGCGAUAAAUCAAGAUGGAGUCCCAAAUGUCAUCACAACAGCCAUCAGGAUUAAUCGGAUCACUGAAUGUGAAACAGGCACACCCUCGACCGCAUUUGAUCUUGAGGCGUUCGACGGAAUUUUUCGCUGA